GAGGACGAGCCGCCGCUCCUCGAGGAGCUGGGCAUCGACUUUGGCGACAUCUGGAGCAAGACGAAGCUGGUGCUGAAGCCGAGCCUGAGCGAGAUCGACCCCGUCCUAGUGGAGGACGCGGACCUCGCGGGCCCGCUCGUCUUCGUCUUCGCGCUGGGGGGCAUGCUCAUGCUCCACGGCAAGCUCCACUUCGGGUACGUCUACGGCUUCGGCAUGUCGUCGUGCGUCGCGACGUACGCGCUGCUGAACCUGAUGACGGAGAGCUCCGCGGGCAUCGAGUUCGGCGCCGUCGUCUCCUUCCUCGGCUACUGCCUGCUGCCGGUCAUCGCCCUCGCCGUCGCCGCGUUGGCCGUGUCCAUGACGUCGACGCUGGGGAGCAUCCUCUCGGCGCUCACGGUGCUCGCGUCCACGGGGACGUCCACGCGGCUCUUCGAGGCGAAGCUCCACAUGCGCCACCAGCGCUACCUCAUCGCCUACCCCCUCGCGCUCAUCUACUCCGUCUUCGUGCUGAUCACGAUCUUC